UAUACACGUGUGAACUUAGCUUGUUUCGCAAGCAUGGCGCGAGUUACGAUUGCGGCUCGCAGCGAUUAAGGUUAGAUUUCCCCGUGAUAGACGAGACGUCGUAUCGCUAAUGUUUGGACGAGAGUACAGACCCGCGCAGACAGACUUGAAGCGCUGGUGUGAGUCAGCCAUUCAGGAACACGAGAGGGAAUCAUUGCCGACAGCGUGACACCAUCAUCCGCACAUCCGUAGUGAGAUCGUCGAGAGUGAGGUUAAGCUAUGGCGAAAUACCUGAUACAGAUCAUCGUGAUGGGCACCCAGGUCGUCGGCAAGGCGUUCGCACGCGCUUUACGUCAGGAGAUCGCGGCGAGCCAGGAAGCGGCGCGACGAGCCGGUGGUGGGAGGCAGGGAGCCCAACACGCCGCCGCUAACACCAGGACAGGACUUACGUUGGACGAGGCGCUCCGUAUCCUUAACGUGGAGCGUCCUGAUCAAACGGAACUAAUCGAGCGGAACUACAAAUAUCUCAUGGAAGCUAAUGACAGAACAAAGGGCGGUUCGUUUUAUCUGCAGUCAAAGAUUGUUCGCGCUAAGGAACGCAUAGACGAGGAACUGAGGAACCAGCAAACAACGGCACCUCCACCACGAACAGACUCGACGAGCGGUCAAGAAGCUUCUAGACAGCCAUGAGACUCAUUCCUAGUCUAAAUUUACUUAUUUUAAUUCUAGAAACUCUUGUACAUAAAAUAUCAUAAUUAAUAAUAAAUAGUAGAUUCUGAUCUAUCAA